GAAGUCAGUCACUACAAGAUGGCUGGAGAGACCGCUCUACGCGCACCUGGACGUUUCAGAUGUGGAGUCUGAAAAAGAGACCGAUGACGACUCACCUCGAACCCUCGAGGCACGCAAGACCCACACACGCCAGUAAGUACCUUUCUACCACAACCUAGUCCCUAUCUUCUCCGCUUUUCACUCGACAUAUUCGAGAUGGAAUGGAGGCAUUCAGCUUUCGACUUCGAGCAGUCGUCAAGGCUCUCGAUCUUCGAGGACUUCGAGCCAUCCAUCACACCUCAGACACGUGCUAAUCGAGCCUCCUCCAAUAGAGACAGUCACGUAACCAAGGAAUACGACAUCUCACCUGAGGUACCACAGAAGCAAUGGACCAAGCUAGAUCGACCCUCGCCGGCGUCUUUCGACUCAGUCGAAGCGGUACAAAGGCUUGCAGAACCCAAGGUCAGCAAGCUUGAGAAAUCUUUCGAUAUCAAGCGAGUAGAGACAACAAACUGGAUGCCACCGUCUUACAACCCAGAGGAGAUACAGUCGAUAGAUUCGUAUUCCUCGUCGCCAGAAUGGGCUGCCCUAUCGAACACCCUGAAACAGAACGCUCGUCAGCAGCGACCCGUAUCACUGCAGCUCGACAACCCCAACCUCCUGGCGAAGCCUAGCUUGUCCUCAAUACCCAGCUUCUCGUCGUUCAAGAAGGCCGAGCCAGACCUCCGUCUCAUACAUCCCCAGACAUGGGCUGCCCCGCCGGCACACCCAGCGCAACCGACACAACCCCAGCGUUCCGAGUCUUACGACUCUGGCCGAGAGAGCUUCGAGUCCAUCAGCAAGCCAUGGCUGGAGGGCGGACCGCGUCCCACAUCGUUCGCAACAUACCACUCGCGCAACCGAUCGAAGACGAAGAUUGCAUCUUCAAGAAGUUCCAGGCUGAACAGCUACCCGAAUUUCUCGCGUAAGAUGUCUGGCGAGAACCCAGAUAUCUUAAUCAACGAACGUAUCGAUCAGGAUACUACAUACACGUAUGGUGCACAAGAGAGAGACUAUGAGAAGGACACCCUGGUGGCAUCACCUGUGCCUUUAUCGGCGCCGCCCUUCACACGCAAGAACACAUUCGAGCGCAUUGGCGGCAGGAUGCUGAGUGAUGAGGAGAAAGAGUUAGAGAAGGAGAAGGCAGCCAGGGUAGAGAAGGGAAGCAAGGCAAAGAAUCGAUGGUCCACAAUACCGAACCUCCUCAAGUUUGCAAAGCCAGCGAAGCGUCGUGCUUCCAAUGCCAACGAACUCGACAGAGCCACUGUCGUCGAGGAGUUCUGUCGCGUUAGUCAAAACGCGCCGGAGCUGAACAACCAAACCCCCAUAAUCACCCACCGCUACUCCUCGUACAACGAGCCUACUCAAAGCGAAGUCGAGCCUACACCGUCGCCACGCCCUCGAUCACAGCUCAAACCCCUCGACCUCCUGCCCACACCACAACACUCGCCGCUCGCUAUGUCGUUCGACAAGUCGCCUCGCAAUUCUGCUGUCCUACCACCUCCCUUCGCACCAUGGGCAGGCACAACAGACCCGAACGCCGCACCACCCAGCCCACCUGCUUCGAUCUCCAAUCCGUUCAACAACCCACAACGGAGAAAGAGCAGCAAUCCUCUGCUGUCUCCAGGCCACGGCUACCCCUCACCACUCAGCCCAGGCUCGCCGCGCGAUACAUUCGAGAGUCGUCCCACAUCACUCCACUCCCACCGCAGUAGUACAUUCUCAUCCCACAUGGCUACAAGCCUAACAUCACCGACAAGUGCUUCUAGCGCAGCACCCUCACGCUUGAGCUUCAUCUCACCCACCACCAUGACCCCACCUCAACCCGCCUUCGCAAGCUCAUCCACCUCGACACCACGCCGCGGCACACCUAUGCUUGAGCGCACGUGUCUUCUCUGCCGAGCCUCGAAGCCUAUGGAUGACUUCAGUACACGACGAAUCACAGCGAACUGCUGGCACGAAACCUCGACAUGCUUGUCGUGCAUGCAGGCAUGGGUCGAGAAUAGUAUAGACAGACGAGAGAGGUGUGUGUGUCCCGAGUGUGGGGAGAAUAUGGGGUAUGAGGAUGUCGGUGCCUUUGCUGUCGAUGCAUUGGGUGGACGGGCUGAUGGAAGGCAUUGGGCAUGAAAAUCUUUGGAGAAGACUUAGUAUUGUUAAUCGUAAUGAGAAUCGUAUCAUAUGUUUUUCACACCAAA